GGCUGCUGAGGACACCCCAGCGCUCGCCAUGGCCGACGAGAAACCCAAGGAAGGAGUCAAGACUGAGAACAACGAUCAUAUUAAUGUGAAGGUUGCGGGGCAGGAUGGUUCUGUGGUGCAGUUUAAGAUUAAGAGGCAUACACCACUUAGUAAACUAAUGAAAGCCUAUUGUGAACGACAGGGUUUGUCAAUGAGGCAGAUCAGAUUCCGAUUUGACGGGCAGCCAAUCAAUGAAACAGACACACCUGCACAGUUGGAAGUGGAAGAUGAAGAUACAAUUGAUGUGUUCCAGCAACAGACAGGAGGUGUCUGCUAAAAAGGGAC